AUGGCCGAAGUCAACGGCAUAUCAAAGCAUGAAGACACUGUUACUGUUUCGCCUUUACGUCCACUCAAGAGGAAGCGCACGGUAUCCCCGGAAAUCGGACCAAAAGACCCUGCUCUGCAAUCUGCUCUGGAAGAUGUCCUGCGAGUUCUCCGCAAAUACGACACUACUCCGUCGCUUCUCAAAUACCCUUUGCCUUCGUCCAAGUCCGAGGCGCCUGAGGUAAAGCGAGCUCGCCUUGUCAAGUCAGAAUCCGCCACCGAUACUAUUGAGGAUCGUAUUCUGACAGGGACAUAUAACUCCUUUCAUGCUCUCAAAGACGAUGUCCGAAGUGUUCAAAGCGCCAUGGUUACCGACCUAUCCGCGACAACGCAAAACGGCAAGACGGAAUCCGACGUCCAAGGGCAAUUAUCAAAGCUAGUAGAUGCGCUGGAAAGGUAUGACACUGAGUCAUCCGAAGUCCGCCAAACCAAUGGCCAGGAUUUACCCAAGGCAGAUCCGGUCAGUCAAAAUCCCAAACAAUUCCUGUCUCUGCGCAGCCAGGUCAACGGCGGUGUUCAAGUCCUAUUCUCCGGUCUUCAGCUGCAGCAACAGCACGAAAAAGAUGAAGCGCAUGAUAUAUCUGAGACUGAAAGCUCAAGGCUACCCAACGGAUUUGAACUUACAGACUUUUCCGCAUUGGGUGGAGAUCAAGACGCAACCAAGAAGCCCGAAAAGAGAUUAUUUGGGGCAGUCUUUCGCCAGGCUGGCCGGAUCAAACCGUUGGACCUGCCACACACGGCAAGGGAUGUUGUGAGAGGCAAUACCUUGGAACUCAUUCCCAACUCCAGUCGCACGGAGAAUCUGCCCCAGAAUAAGCAUGAUUACAAGUUUGCCAGAUUGGCCACGGGUUUGUGGCUCUCCUACUCUACCACAAGGAGCCAGUUACAACAAGAUCGAAGAAGGGUACAGCCUACGUCCAGUAACAAUGACUUCAAGGCAGCCCUCGAGGCUAACAGUGUGAGACAGGGUCAUGAUUUAAGUCCAGAUGAAUUGUUCAGCUCUGUCUAUUCCUCCUUUGCGCCGAAUAAAGAUAACUCAUAUUCUCUCGUGUCUGACAAGGACAAAAGUAGGCAAUGGUGGAAACAAUACGGCGAGCAAAAGCUAUCAAGACUUUUCAGGACAAGAGACCUCAACGUAUCGGCGGCCGGUGGGGAAACUGGAGAAGCGGGAGACAAAGAUGAAUUUGCCGAGUUGGUCGCGAAUUUCGAGCCGCAGGAAGAUGGAGAAGAUGCGCAAUCCGAAAAUCCAGAAAAGGAGGUCGAAAAGCUCUUGGAAGAAGUUUCGGAAAUGAUCGAAACUCUCAGUUCCUAUCAGAGAAACCGUAGCCUCGAGACAAUCGUUGCCGGCACGGUACCGAAGCCAACGAACCCAGAGAUCGACAUCUUUACGAUGCUGAGAGACCAAUUGAACGUCUUGGUCUCAUCAUUGCCACCUUUUGCUGUCUCUAAACUCAACGGAGAUCAACUCGAAGAGUUGAACAUCUCGACAAAACUUAUUGUCGAAGUGCCUGACUACCCGGGUACAGGACAGACGGACGACUACAUAUUGCGACGGCAAAAGAUAGUUCAGCAGGCAACAACAGGGGCAAGCCGCACAGCAGUGACUCCUCAACAAGUGCGCCCGAACUAUCCACAAACACAAGCCAACCCAAUGGCAUACAACUCCCAAGUUCGGAAUUACAAUGCUUCUGCACCCGCUACAGCAGCGUUUGGUAUCCGAACGCAGCAAAAUUAUCAAACCCCCACUAUUGCACGACCAACAUAUCCGCAAACCGCAUACCAAGCUUCCCCAAAUCCCUACUCAUCGGCACGUCCCACGAUCCAACAAUUUCAGCGCCCCUCGAUGCAAAAUGGUUAUGGAAGUUACGGCAGUAAUGCGUCGGCACAAGCACAAACCCAACCGCAAACCCCUAGCGGGUACCGCCCGACUCAGCCAGGAUAUCAACAGCGUGCGCAAGACAACGCCGUCACCCUGGCGCGAUCCGCCUCGCCGCAGAAGCCACUGGUCAAUGGCGUCCCUGGACAAGCUCAGCAGUAUCCGCCCAGGCCAUAUCAGACUCAGCAAAGUCAGCAGCCGCAGACACCGUACACUUAUCAGCAGAGGCAGGGCUCUGGGACGCCCACCACACCGACCGCUGCCACCGCGCGGACAGCUCCAGGCGACAGUUCUAGUCAGAACCCAGCGGCUCAGAAUGCGGCCCAGACGAUGGUGGCAUCUCGGUAA